UAUGUGUGUGUGCCUAUGUAGCCAGUUGACUGAAGCAUAUGUUUAAUUUAAUAUUUUUUUAUUUCCAAGGAGAAAUGUUCUGUAAAUUUAGUUAACUUCAGCAAAACUUGUAUCAAAUUAAUUUUUAUUUAGUUCUAUACCCAAUGGUUCCGGUUGGGAGUUCCUAUCAAUUGUUGUAGGUGGGGCCUUAAUUAGUGAUACACCGAAGGGAAAUGUAUCGCUUCUCCUUUAAGCGUUCGUGCUCAGACGCAAAGUGUAUGCGGACUGAGAAGCAGGUAGUUUUCUCUCUCACAUAAAUCCUGCAUUAACUGUCUCCUUAUAGUGUAAUCGCUACAUUUAUGAUGUUAAAACACUGUUAAGAGUUUCUGUCAUAACUGGUAUUCGUGAGAUUAGCGUAUUUUCUUUGAAAGUAGUACUUUUAACCGUGUUAAAAGUUUGCACGUGUAUUUUUCCAUGCAGGAAUGAGAGAGUAGGCCUGAUUGUGUAUAUUCUAAUAUUGCCUCACACUACUGUUUAAGGGGAAUAAACCCAUCAUCCCAUCCGUGGUGUGGUUGUCUUUCCGUGGUGUCCACUUGAAGUCUGCUACAUCUAACUGGUGCCGUGACCCGGAUCCAUUUGGUCAGCCGCAGCCGAUCGCCGGGGUCAAGCAGUGUGCUGUGACGCGUAGAUGCUGUACCGUGUGGCCAGAGGAUCUAUGCAGCGGAUUUUCAAGUGAUAUUCAGACAUUUGCACACACACACUUUCAUCUAUUUACAGUGAAGUUCCACAUAAUCCCAGACUGAGUCGUACACUUUACACGCACGUGCGUUUUGGACAUUUGCACGUAUUGGACGUUGACAUUGACACUUACAUUCCAUCUGAAGACUGUGGGUUCUCAAUUUCGAUAUUUCAUUGAGUGUUUUCCACAUCUGUAACCUUUGUAUAUUUACAUAUUUUAUUAGUUUGUGUUCUUUUAUUUGGAAUUCAAUUUGUUUUACCAUACAGUAUGGCUGGAAGAGGUCGAGAUACUUCUGAAAUAUUCACUCCAUUAGCUGGGAGGGGUAGAGGUCUGUAUAGUGUAAGAGAGAAUACAGGGACCCUACCAAAGCUGUUAUUCCCGAAUACUUUGUCAGUGACAGAAGUAAAUCCUCAUCCUGAGUUAGUACAGCCAACAUGUUCCACUCCUUCUGAUGGUAGCCCCAAUGUCACACAGCAGCUACGAGAGUUAAUAGGAGAGCUGGGUAGUCAGAUUGGCGAGUCCAUCAUCAGCCAUUUGCUAGCUAGUCCGUGUGUAGCCAACCCAUUACUCACUAGUCCAUCAGAGUUAACAAAGACUGAGCUCCCACCUGAGUCCCCCAAAGUCAACCUUAUAGUGAGGUCUGACAUCAAAGAACCACCUAUGUUUAAAGGAGAUGAGAGUGACAAGUACACAGUCCAAGAGUGGAUAGAUGUCAUGGAACUGUACUUACAGAAAAGCAGCUGCCCCGAAACAGGAGAAAGCCGACACAGUCAUGAGUCACCUCCUGGGAAGAGCUAAGAAUAUAAUCAAAGUGGGACUAAAAAGCACUGCUCCUUCUACUCCAGCUAGUGUCGAGAAAAUUUAUGACAUGUUAAGACACUACUUCAGUGACCACCCUGUGUCACUUCUGCCAUUGGCAGAUUUCUACGCAACACAGCCUAAAGCUAAAGAAAGUCCCGUAGACUACUGGGUGAGAUUGAACUCUGCAGCUGAACGAGCUAAUAGCCAUUUAGAACGUAGUGGAGGUAAUAUGGAGAACAUGAGUGCAGAAAUAGCCAUGAUGUUCAUACGAAACUGCCCUGACCCUGAACUGUCCAGCGUGUUUAAGUGCAAACCUAUGAGCAAAUGGUCAGUCGAAGAGAUACAGGAGGCUAUUGAUGAACAUCAGAGGGAAAGUCAGUCUCGCAGAAUUCCCAGUACAGUUAAGCCCCGCACCUUUCAAGUAUCAACAGCUACUGCAGUCCCUAGCGUUGAAGUUAUGGAAGGUGAAAUCACUGCCAUUAAUGCUGCCGCAUUCACUCCAAGUAGCCAUCCCAAGACAGUUGAUCCAGUCUCACCCAAUUCUGAUGCAUUAGAACGUGUCCUCAGCAUGUUAGAGAGAGUAUUGGAACGAACCAGUCAGCCGGUACACAAUCCCUUCAAGGCCCUUUCAAACACAUGGAGCUCGCAUUCAGUCUUGCCGUGUCUGUGGGGACACAACACACUCCACUCGCUCACACUGCAUGCGAGAAAGGCGGUGCCUUAUCUGCAUGAGGGUUGGACAUCAGCGUAA